CCGCUCUUCCGCGCCUGGGCGGAGCGCGUCCUCCUGGGCGGGGGGCAGAGCCGGUCCCUGUGGCCCCGGGCGGCCGCUCCCGCGCCCCUCGCCGCCCGCCUGACCCGCGGCGGCCCGAAGGCGCGGCGCCCCGAGCCUGGCCAGGAUGCCCAGCCGCGCCCCAAGAGCCUCCCGGGCGCGGCAAGCGCUCGGUGGCCGCUGCCUGUUGCCGCCGAGGGCGAAGGGCCUAGUGGUUAGAGCCCGGUGGUCCUCCGGCCGCGUCUCCCGUCCGCUCCGCCCAGAAGCCCAGAGAAGAGCCGCCCGCAGAGAAGCGCUGACUCGGGUCCAGGCCAGGGGUUGGUGAAGUCGUGGGGACUCGCCUCCCACCCAUCUCUCCCACUGGGGGCACCAGUGCUUGGGCGCGAUUCACAUCCAGCGUGGCCCGAGUUUGUCUGGGAUUGGGAACUCAGCCUUCGUUCAGAUGUUUGGUGUUCUUGCAGUGCACUCAAAAACAUCUUGGCUUGUUAAAAGGAAAGCCAGCUUAGAUGGUGUGCGAGCUCAGCCCGAGAGUUUAGAAGCCAGAACGGGUGAUGCGGAGGGCAGGUGGAGGGAGGUCUCUUUGCUUCCGUGCGUCUGCUGCCCUGGAUCCGGAUCCGCUGCCUUCGAGGCCAAGAGGAGACCUUCCCGGGUUCUGCUCUUGGUCCAGGUUGCUGAUCUCAGGAGCCGGAAGAAGUGGGGUGGAAGGAAGAAAGGAAGGUGAAAAGAGGAAGCUGGGCUGGCAGACACGUGCAGGGUUGCCUUCCGCCCUGCCUGAGCAGCUCAGGCCAGGUGGUGUCAGUUGCUCUUGGAGAAACGUUCACUCUGCUGCUGCAAGGACAUCUGGAGCAUCUGGAGCCUUGUGUUUUGGCAGGACCCGUGCAGGCCGGUGUUCCUCAUGCUCUUCCCAGGAUGGAGUUUGGCAGCGAGACCUCUCUGGUCCCUUGUGGGCAAGACAAAUACAUUUCAAAGAAUGAGCUCCUGCUACACUUGAAGACGUACAACCUCUACUACGAGGGCCACAACCUGCAGCUUCGGCACCGAGAGGAAGAAGGCGAGUUCAUCGUGGAGGGCCUGCUGAACAUCUCCUGGGGGCUCUGCAGGCCCAUCCGCUUGCAGAUGCAGGACGACAACCAGCGCCUGCGCCCGCCUCCUUCCUCCUCCUCCUGGCACUCUGGCUGCAACCUGGGCGCCCACGGGUCUGUCAUUAAGCCCACGACCUUGCCUGAUAUUCAGGUCACAGAGGCUGAGCCCACAUCCGAAGGGGACGCGACAGAUGGGAAAACAGAGGACAGAGAGUUCAAAGCUCAACUGGAAGAGGUGCCCCAACUGAUGCGGACGCGGAGCGACGUGGGGGUGCGCCGCAGAGGGAACCUUCGCACCCCCAGUGAGCAGCGGCGGAUCAAGCGUCACCGCUUCUCCAUCAACGGGCAUUUCUACAAUCACAAAACCUCAGUGUUCACACCAGCGUAUGGCUCCGUCACGAAUGUCCGUAUCAACAGCACCAUGACUACACCACAAGUUCUGAAGCUGUUACUCAACAAAUUUAAGAUUGAAAACUCAGCAGAAGAAUUUGCUUUGUACAUUGUGCACACCAGUGGAGAGAAGCAGAAGCUCAAGGUCACAGAUUACCCACUGAUUGCCCGGAUUCUGCAGGGGCCAUGUGAACAGGUUUCCAAGGUUUUUUUGAUGGAGAAGGACCAGGUGGAAGAAGUCACAUAUGAUGUUGCUCAGUAUAUUAAAUUUGAAAUGCCUGUUCUAAAGAGCUUUAUCCAAAAACUUGAAGAGGAAGAAGACCGGGAAGUGAAGAAAUUAAGGCACAAGUAUUCGGUGCUACGUAUAAUGAUUGCGCAGCGGCUAGAAGAAAUCUCUGAAGGUCCAGCAACAAUGUAAAGGCUUGCUUUGAAAGACUGCAGCCUCCUGGCCCUGCCAGUCGCCAGCCAGGAACUCUGGAGAGAGAUUUCCUCCAGAAGACUUGCUUCCUUGCUCUUGUGAAGAAGGAUGUUUCUUCUCCCAGGAAAGGCAUCUGAACAAGAGCCGCUUUGAGCACCAUCUUUGCUCCGUCUCCCUUUAACAACAGUGAACUCUGGGAAGAUGGGGAGGAUCCCUCUCAGCACCAAGUGUUGAAAACAGGACAUCUCAGUGUCAGUUCCUUUCGAGCUGAUGCCGGUACUGGAUGAUGAUCCUUGGAACCCGGCCUUCUGGAUGAGAAGUCUCCGGAAGUCAAGUCCGUUUCCUCCACAGAGCAGUUCUUUCCUUCUCAAACCCUUUCAAAUAUUAUCCAGGGUUGGGGAGAGUGGGGAGAAAAGAGACGCUUGAUGGAAAACUAAGUUUUCCCUAAACUUGACUUCUGCAGCUUAGCAGUAGUAAAUAUGGAUCUUUUGUGGAGUCAAAGUAUUAAAAUGCUUUGAAAUUUCCCCAGGCAGCUUCACCUUUUCUACCCCUCCUCACCCAACCGUCCGUGUCUGGCCUUUAUGUUCAUUUCCCCCUCCCACCAUGCUCAUUGCCGUGUUUACAGCGGCUGUGUUGGGUCUGGCACAACUCCUGACCUGGCCCCAGCCUUCUUGGGUCUUCUGAACGGAGCCUUGCCUUCUGUCCACCUUUCCUGCUUGGUCCCCAAGUUCUCUAAAGCAACCUCAAGAGAUGAGGUUGCCUGCCCAACGUAGGAAAUCUGCUCAGUUGUUUUGGUUCAUCAGUCGAGACUCCCCAGCUGGGCACAGGGCGUAGAGCCUCCAGAAAUCAAAAAUAGCAAUAGCGCUGCAACUUAUAUACGGCUCCGUAGUGUUUUAUAGCACUUUCUAAGCGGUUUACAGAGUCGGUGGGUCCUUAUUUCAUUGACCUUGGAAGGAUGGAAAGCUGAGUCAAAAAUACUUCCCUGCCUUUUUUGCCUCUACCUUUCUCCAAGUAGCUGUUCCUUCUCUUCACAUUCACUUGCUAUUCCUGGAUACUUUGAUUCUGAUACGGUACUCAUUUUUGUCCCAGGUUUGUGAAUUCCCAGACUAUAGGGGUGGUGCUGGCUGCUGGCAGCUGGGCUCAGAAGCUUUUGCCCUUUGCAAAUCCUUUUGUAGAGGGGGCCUCUGGCAAGACCAUCGCUCUUCUGCAUCCUUGCUUCUCAUAAAUCCCAAAGCUUUGUGGUGGCUUCUUCUUAAGGGCCCUUAAAGACGCCCUUAAGUUUCCGCUGACUUUGGUCAGGCUCUGGAUACCGUCUGCUGCCACGGACUUUGCAAACUCUUGGCAGGGACAAUGAUGUGGAAUAAUAGAUAAGCAAGCUCGGUUGGUCCUGGCCUUUCGAAAAUGUCCCCUCCACCUUAAAUACCACCUAGGGGUUAUUCUCAGGUUUGCCAGAGCUCAGCAUGGGCUGGCUUUGCACAAAAUGCUGGAUCGAGGCUCACAGCUUGUGCUUCAACUUGUGAGAACCCAGCCAUUGUCUUGUGAGCGAAAUCGUGACCUGUCACCAUAAGAGGGUUUAUAUUGGGCACGGCAUGAGAUACGAAUCUAAUAUUCCUUUUGACCUGGAUUUAGUGUUGUGUGUGAAUUAAGCUAUUGAGUGACCAGGGAUUCUCACUGAGCAUUUCCCCAAACGAUUUGGACUAACUUGUGUGAACGUAGGAUGCCAUCUUCCACUGAGUUACUGCACAGAUUUUGGGUGGAGAGCAUCAGCCUUGGCUGCCGACAGCCCUCCAGAGAGCUGGAAUCUUUCAAAUCUGCCUGGAGACCCCACGGAUUAAUCUUCUCUUUGCAAAGCAAGUGUAUUCAGUGCCCUGCCGGGCUGGAUGAGAUAAAGAAUGUUGCGGUCCAACACAUUGAAGUGCAUCAAUUUUAUAAAGGCCAUACGGAACACAGGAAAUGGGGGGGAAUUAGAUAUGCAACUCCCAUUAAUGGAUUGUUAAAAAGUAGUAAUGAAAAAGAGAAAGGCCUUUUCCCGUUUUUUUCCCUUGAAAAGCUCUUUGGGGAGCUUGGAAGAGUGUAGGUUGGAGCAGGGAAGGAAAGAAGAGCAAAUUUCUCUUACUUGUUACUUUCUGCACUUUCUCCCUUCAAGGACAGGAGAGCUUAAAGGCCUAGCUGUGCAUUCAGGGUUUCCUCUGGAAGGCUGCUGGGGGAAAAAAAUGGAGCAAAAGCGGACGAGGGAAGGAUGCGCCUCGCCCUCUUCAGCGCUUUGUGCCAAGUUUUGCUUCUCCUGUUUACAUGCAAAGGAGAAUCACAGCUUCAGUUUAGACAUUCUUGAGGGCAAGAUUCCUGCAUACGCCUUUCAAUGUUUAGACCAGGGUUUCUCAAACUUGGCAACUCUAAGACAUGUGGACUUCGGCUUCCAGGAAUUCUGGGAGCUGAAGUCCGCCUCUCUUAAAGUUGCCAAGUUGAGAAGAAAUGGCUUAGACCGUUCCUCUGGAAUGAAUCUCACUGGAAGGGGUGACAUUUUUUAAAGACUGCAAUAUUAUGCAGGAUAAAUUUACCAGGAAAUUUAUCCAAGGGAUGUCUGUGGAGUGUUUGUGUGUGUGUGUGCGGGUCUGUCUGUCUUUCUGUCUGUCGAAAAGAGGCACAAUGGUGUGGCUUUAGAUUUUUUGUAACUCCACCCUCCUGAGAGUCCCACAGAAGCCAUGAGACCCCUGCCCAGAUAAAGGCCCUGGGAGCCCCAUGUCUAUUUCCACUAGCUCGCCUUCUAACAUCACUUUACUCCUAAAUUGCACUAGACUGUGGAAACUUCAGAAAAAAACCCAAUCUUUUCUAUCCAUUCCUCUCCUAACUAACCUCCUCACAUCACUGUACUCCUAAAUUUCACUCGAUUGAUUGUGAAAUGUCUGAAAACCCCCAACAUAGAUAAAUCUAGUGAAAUUCAAGAGUAGAAUGAUAGGAGUAAAGUGAUAUAGAUAUAUAUGUCAAAUAUCACAUGCACAGGAAAGUUACAGCAAUAAUUUGUACAGAAAUGUCUUCCCCCCUUUAUUUGAAGAGAUUUAAGAACAAAGCAGCACAAACAAAAUUCAGCAUCUUUCAAGGAAAUGGUUUGGAAGCGACUCCAGACAUUCCUUCAGGGGCUGAAUAGCACAAAGCUAGUUGUAGCCAGUCGUGAUCCGCAUGCUCCUUGUAGUCCAAAUGUACACUCGUGUCCUUUGUUUCGUUUAGGUCUGGAGAUACCUAAAUACCUGGAGAUAGUGUGUAUUGGGCAAUGGGGUGAACAUUUCUUUUUUUCUAAUAAAAUUUGUGUCGUCUGGUGUAUGAAGAAACAAUUGUGUCUCAAAUUCUUAAUAAAAUGACAAUUUGGCAGUGUAAAA